UUAAACAGCUCCAGGGCAGGGACCAGACAGCGAAAACCGUCAUCGCAAUCGGCUGCGAAGAUUACAGCGGUAACUUCUUAUCCAACUUCACAGCGACACUCACGGAAAUUGCCAACACUUACACGGUCGACAUUGUAAUUGCCAUGAGUUCGGUGGAACAGAAGAGUUACAUGGGAUUCUGUAAUGCCCUGCCGCCCACCGUGUUGACGUCCACGAUCCCACGUUGCGAAGGUCUGCUUUGCGCAAACGGCGACUUCACAAGCAAGGCCAAUAAUUACUUGGGCGAUGACGUAUCAGGCUACGGCGUUCUAUCCAAUGCAUCGAAAGUCGUCGCGAUGAGCGAGUACAACGACUCGGUGGCUUUCAAGUUCAAGACUGGACUAAGGCAGCAAGGCAUUCGUGAGCGUACUGCGUGGCUCUUCUACAACGUGGACCUGCUGGACUUCGAUAACAAGUGCCCCGAGCCUACGUACACGGUCCUCAGACUGUUUUGUCUGGAGUUGAAAGGUCCGAGCGAUCAAAGGUGCCAGUGACAGAAGAGCAUCUUCGUUAAGUUGACAUGGCCGUCACCUUUCUGCAUGUACUAAGAAAAUUAAAAAAAGGAAUAAAUUA